CUUCACCUCCCUCCUGCAGAAGACAAGGGACACCCGACAGCCAUGAAGAGCCAGAUCCUGUUCGUGUUAGUUGCGCUAGCAGCCGCAGACCCAGAAGCUGCUGCAGACCCUAAGGCAAAGCCAAGUAUCGGCCUUGGUCUUGGAGGUCUUGGCCACCUCGGGGGUCUUGGUCUUGGAAUCGGUGGACACAAAGGCCUCGGGUACGGUCUCGGGGGCUUUGGAGGCCUCGGGCACGGCCUUGGUGGUCUCAAAGGCCUCGGAUACGGUCUUGGGAACGGUAUCGGGGGAUUCGGGCACGGCCUUGGUGGUCUCAAAGGCCUUGGAGGACUCGGGGGCCUUGGAGGACUCGGGGGACUUGGAAGUCUUAAAGGCCUCGGGUACGGCAUCGGGGGUCUUGGAGGGCUUGGGCAUGGCAUCGGCGGUCUCAAUGGUCUCGGAGUUCUUGGUGGUCUUGGGCACGGUCUCGGUGGUCUCAAAGGCCUUGGAGUUCUAGGAGGUCUCGGGCACGGUCUCGGUGGACUCAAAGGCUUCGGAGGUCUCGGAGGCUUGGGGCACGGCCUCGGUGGUGGCUACGGGAUUGGAUAUGGACUACCUCUCCAUGGCUACAAUAAGGGUGGCUACAUCGGCUAGGAGCUGCUAAGCAGCCCUCUUACACAGGACCAGCCACGCUGACCGAUUCCUUCGGCUGAGCACAGGACUGUUUCUUAUGUUCUUUCUAAACCAAUAAAUUCCCUUACCAUUCAGAGCUUGUAAUAAAGGUAUUAGAAGUUGAACCCAAUGAUGAUUGGAUUAAACUCUGUCAAACAAAUGUUUACAUAACCGUCAUUUGGCGAUAAUCACACAAUACUACCCUUUGGAAAAUUGCAAUAAUAUAAUGAUAAUUAGAAUGCUAGGUGAUUAAUACAAACUGUAAUGUUUUUAGUAUUUAUCAGCUGAAUAAAGAAUAAUUUUUUAA